AUGACAUACCAAAGCUUAGAUUGUUCAGAAAUGCCAUGCUCUGGAAGCAAACCUGCAUUGGAUGCUUCACUGGGGGUGCAAGCGAGCUUGACGUUCAUGAUCUUGAGGCACCUGACGUGUCAUGUGGUGCUCCUCAUCUCCCAAGAAGUCUGGGAGGCCAAGAAUGGGUUUCACGACACUCGUACUGGGUAA